CAUUGUUCACAUGCAAAAGAAAAGCUGGAAGUCUGAAGCAAGCUCUACUAAAUCAACAGAAGGACUCCUGAUUUCAUGACAGAGCACAGAUCAGUGCUUUCAGCUCAGUAGAUUAGUUCUCCUUAAUGAGCCUUGACAGUCUCCCAGGCUCUUUAAAUCACUAUAUAUAGACAGCAAUGCUUAUACAACAUAGAUAGGUGGGGCAGGCAUAGAGCAUAGCCAGAAGAUUAAUACCAAGUACAUCCCUAAAAUAGACAGAUCACAGUACAAGUCAUUAGCAAUAGCAGGGAGAGGGGCCCUGCUGAUGUGCUGAUUAGAAAAGUACCACCAGACACAGAAUUUAUGAGAUUUUUUUUUAAACCAACAUGCAGGUCUUGGCACACAAGUUUAUGAGUAAUUUGGGCUGUUUCUAUGUUCUGACACUGGAAAUAACUGGUGCAGUCAACUCAUGAGCAUGUGGAGGUACAGACUGAGCUUGCAGAUGUCUCCCCAGAAUCUCUCACUUUCAGACUCAUUGAACAUAGCAGUUUUGGCUUCCAUACUUUCUCUUAUCAUUUACUGGAUCAUCAGAGACAGAUACAGAGUGAGAAACCUGGAUGGAAAGCAUAUCUUUAUAACAGGCUGUGACACGGGACUUGGAAACUCACUGGCUAAAUGGCUCGACAAAAAGGGAUUUUGUGUCAUUGCUGCAUGUGCCACAGAACAAGGAAGCCAAGAGCUACAGUGCUGCUCUUCACUCUCACUGAAGACAGUGAAUCUGAACUUAGCAGACUCCAACAGCAUUGCCAGGGCUGUGGUGUUUGUGACUGAACAGACAGCUGGAAAGGGGCUUUUUGGCUUGGUGAGCAAUGCUGAAGGAACAGCACCUGUAGGACCCACCGACUGGCUGAGGAUUGAAGACUUCCAUUCGGUCCUGGAUGUUAGCCUGCUGGGAUUGAUUGAAAUCACACUCAAGCUUCUGCCACUUCUGAAAAAAGCAGAGGGAAGAGUUGUCAAUCUAAUUAAUGCCAAAGGUCUCAUGGCUUUUGUAGGGGGUGGCUACAGUCUGUCCAAAUGGGGCAUGGAAGCUUUCUCUGACACCUUACGGAUAGAAAUGCAGCAUUUUGGAGUGAAAGUAAGCAUUGUUGAGCAUGGUUUCUUUAAGGCAGAAGAAGUUAAUUCAGAUAUCAUUGAGAAAUACCUCUUCAAACUUUGGAACAGACUGACUCCUGAGAUCAAGGGCUCCUAUGGAGAAAAAUACUUAGUUGAAUAUAUAAAAGCCCAAAGAUCAUCAGUGAAAAGACUGUGUGACUAUGAUAUUUCUAAAGUCAUAAAAUGCAUGGAACAUGCCCUGAUAGCAAAGUACCCCAGGACACGAUACAGAGCUGGAUGGGAUGCAAAGUUCUUCUGGCUGUUUCUCUCCUAUGCCCCAAGCUGUCUGUCUGAUAUGCUGCUGCGCAUUACAUUUCCAGCUCCAGCAGAGAGCAGGAGACCAGUUCAUGGAGUUCAAAUGAAUGUUUAGU